AAAGUCUUCACUCCCGCGGCGCUGAGUCUGUCUUUCUACGCCUUCCGCAGAAGCAGAGAAGACGCAGGUCCGACAGUCAUGCCUUGAACUCCCUUGACGCGGAGAUGACACUCGUUUCGUGCCUCUUACGGCUCGGAAGAGGCGUUUGUGGUGUGGUUUGGAUCCCUGAUUGGCGGGUUGGUUGAACCGAAAGCGCUGAAUGAUGAGCAACGACAACAACGUUGAGCUCAUUUCGACCUCCUUGACGAUCUCACAGAUCUCUAGGCGACAUUGAGUAGGGUGUGCAGAGAUAAGUUAAGCGUCAACCUCUCAUAGCGCUGGACAUCGAGCAAGCAGAAGACUGAAAAUAUUCCAACCACCCGGACACCGGACGACUCUGUAUAAUCUUCUACCUUUUACCAGGGUCAGUCCACAGCUCGGCCGUCAGGAUGAGCGGCAAGUCUACCCUCUCAGACCUCAUCAGGUCAUCUAAGAAUGCUCUGAUCAUUCGAUACAUCCUCAUGGCUUCUCAAUUAGUUCUCAUCCUCCUCACAUUCAUUGUCACUCUCUUAGCUACUUCUGAAGUCGCGCUGAUGGUGCCUCAAAUCGUUUCAUCCAUCAUUCUGUUCGUCUACUUCCCCAUCGCCUUAUUUCUCUCUAUUCGGCCCUCGAGUGUCGCUCUCGAUGCGGCGAGAAUCGAGGUGGCCUACCUCGGGAUCCAAGCGGCGUUUGGAAUGAUCACCAUGGGCAUCGGCAUCACCCUUCUGGCUGGUCCUUCUUGUCAUGCCGCAUUCUCCGUCGACUACCUCCCGAAAACGCUUGCGGUGUGCAAGACCUUCAUCGGCGUGACAAUACUCAACGUCGCGUCCUGUUCGAUCACAUGCGCCUGGCUCGUCUGGCUACUCCACUUGGUCAAUUCCAACGUUUUUGCCGGACGAAAACCGUGGCGCAUGUCCGUAGCUAGAAUGAUCAGAGCGAGAUCGGAUGAUUCAGCAGCAAGAGUGACAUUGAAUGAACACGGUCAAAUUGUCGACCAAGGUGGAAUGUGGCAGCUUGUGGAUCCUUCUGGCGGCAUAGGCUCAGGUCUCAACGGGGAUCAAUGGCCUGAUGUUCAUCCUCAAACCCCGUUACUGGCGCAAGACAGAUGGGACGAGAGGAUGGAUGCAAGGACCGAUAGCGGCAGGGAUAGCGAUGAGUUGACUGUCGUCGGGCGUUUGCAAGCACCACCGCCGUAUGAGAAGUUAGGGAGGGAUGCAGAGAAGAAUGAAGGUGCAGAGUUCAAGUCGCCGGCGGGGCUAUAGGGGGUUAGAUAGAACCGACCACUUGUAGAUGUAGACCUAUGUACACAGCUGAUGGACCUAGACAGACACA